AAAUGACCUAACUUUUCAUACUAGUAGAUUAUGUAUAAAUUACAAUGGAUGGUAAUAGGAGGAUUUACAUACAAUUUAAUAUAAAAAAGUUAGUAAUAUAUGGGUCUGUUUAGGACAUAGAUUCUAAUCUAAAACUGUUGGUUAGAAGAGAUAUUUUUGGUAAUAGAAAUUUAGAAUGGGUGUUGAUGAACAACAAAAUGACAGCAAUAAACCCUGGAGAAAAAACGGAAGAAGAAUAGGAGGGAAGGGUAUAAGAGUAAUUGAAGUAAGAAGAAAAGAGAAUUUGGUAGUUUCCUUCUAUUCCUCUGGCCCUCCAUUGAUCGUUAGUCCACCUUCAAAUCGUAUGUCAGUACGAAAUUAUUCUCUCACGUCCUUUCCCUCCACCACCUUCCAUGUCUGCUCCUCCACACAAAACUGCAUUUCUUCACACUUCAAAUAUUCACUCAACCUGCUUCUUCCACCGCCAAAUGCCAAUUCCCGUCGUUUUUCACAGCCAGUUUUGCAGUACAUUAUUGUUUUCUCUCAAUAAUUCCUGCCUAUUUUAUCCUGGUUUCUUCCUUGUCCAUUCUUGUUCGUCGAUUUCUUCCGUUUAAUUAUUGCUCCUUCCUCCUCCUCAAUUCUAUUACGGUGUCAUCGGAUUUGACUCGUCGUCGUACCUCUGCAACUCUGAAUUAAUCUCUUCCUCUUUCUUCUGCUUCAUUAUUGCACUUGAUGCUUCCAGAUUCAACUAUGGCUCAGCAGGAAGAUGGAUGGCCAUUAGGCUUGAGGGUUAUGAACGCCAGAGUUGGUGGGGUGGCGGGAAAUCAUGAUCUCUCUGCUUCGGUUUCUUUCAAUACUUUGCGUACUCAUUCUCCUAGUUCCUUCACUGAUUCUUCCUCAGAUCUUGACACAGAGUCAACUGGAUCAUUCUACCCUGACAAGAGCAUCACGCUAGGGAGUCUCAUUGGCGUCUCUAGCAUUCUUGAGCUAUCACGAAGAUCAACAAAAGGAAACAAAGUGGAAAUACUCGAAGAUAAGAAAAAGUACAAGUCCAAGCCAGGGUUGUUUUCAUUGUCUUUAUGCAUUAAACUCCGUCCUGAUGCUGUCAGCUUCAGCAGCUCUCCUUCACUUCAACACUCGCUUGAAGCAGAAAGAAAAGCUACAAGAAAUCGCAGGAAUCACAAUCCGACCCUUUACGGACCCAAUGAUUACUCACCUGUUCCUGGAGCAAACUCUUUGUUUUCCAGUGAUCAAGUUGAUCCUGUAUCUUUUGAACAGGCGGGCGAAGAAGAAAGCAGAAGAUCAGAUGGAGAACUUGUUCGAAAUGGUAACAGUCAGGGGAUUCCUCUACUCUUUUCAUGUCUAUAUUGCCAACUGAUUAAAUAAUUCUCUCUUUGAUUUGCUACAUUAACAUUUGAAUGCAACUUGUUCUUCAUAAAAAAUGAUGCAUUUCAAAUGUUAUAUGGUCAUUUCUUUCAUUCUACCA